AUGGCUUUCAGCAGCCAAAGAGCCUCCACUUCUGCUCCUUCAGCUUCUCAAUGCAAAUAUCAAGUGUUCUUGAGUUUUAGGGGCAUAGACACUCGCAGGGGUUUUACGGCUCAUCUAUAUGACAGGUUGUGGUUUCGCUCAAUUACAACUUUUAGGGACGACAAUGAACUUGAAAGAGGUACAACUAUUUCACCAACUCUACUGAGAGCAGUCGAAGAAUCAUGGUUUGCGAUCUUUAUCCUCUCACCGAACUAUGCUUCUUCCACCUGGUGCUUAGAUGAGGUUUCAAAGACUGUUGAGUGCAUGAAAAUCGACACCAUUCUACCAGUUUUUUAUGAUGUAGAUCCCUCUGAUGUUCGAAAGCAAAUGGGAACUUUUGCGGAAGCCUUCAACAAGCAUAAAAAGAAAUUUAAAAAAGAAAAAGAAAAGGUUCAACGGUGGAGAGAUGCUCUUACAAAAGUUGGUAAUAUCGCUGGGUGGACUUCAAAAGAUAGGUAUGCAUGCACAAAUGCACAGGGAUAUGGGGGGCUGGUGGCACAGGGAAGACAACUGCCGCAAGACUUGUUUAUGAUAGAAUUUCCCAUCACUUCGAUGUUAGCUACUUUCUUCCAAAUGUCAGAGAAGUUUAUGCAACACAUGGUCUUAUUCAUUUACAAAAACGACUUCUUCCCCCCAUUCUUGAAGGAAAAAGUUAAUGAAGUUUGGGAUGUUGAUAGGGGAACCAAUCUGACCGAGCACUGUUUAUGUAAUAAAAAAGUGCUUCUGGUUAUUGAUGAUGUGGAUCAAUUAAACCAGCUGCAAAUAUUGGCUGGGAAGAAAGACUGGUUUGGUUUGGGGAGCAGAAUUAUUGUUACAACCAGAAAGGAACCUCUGUUGAUCGAACACAACAUAGAGGAACGACAUCAGCUCUUGGGAUUACAAGACAAUGAAGAUUUUCAUCCCUAUGAUGGGAAUGAAAAUCAUCCACUUAUGUGUUGGAGCAGAAAUUCUUACAAUAAGAAUGUCUUCCACAAGUUCUUGGCUUUACUCCGCACACGAGAUGAACAAAUCUCCAAGCGACACUUCUCCCAAAUCAGAUGA